UCUAAGGUAAGACAACAUUAUAUAUUAAUCAACCUUAAAACGUAAAACACGAAAUAGUUUCUUCCAAAUGUGAAAACUGUGAAGUAUUUUUCGUCCUAUUUAAAACUGAUGAAUUCUUUAUUUCAAAGAAAUAAGCACCACAAUGUCAGCCUCAAAACUUCAAAAAGAUGAAACACGAUGGCAGUGUGUUGUUAUAUACUUGAACAGAACAAUUCAUGUGUUACAUCCAUUAAUACAAUCCCGGUUGAACAGGGAACUGGGCCAAUGGUCUUCUAAUGCCAAAGACAAUUUCAGAGCAUUUUCAAUGAAAGUGAAUAGCGAAGAUUACGUCAAAAGUAAUGUCGUCUAUACCAGAAGUGGAACUGGAAGAGGUACCUGGAAACUUCGUGACAACAACUCAACUUUCCAGGAUAUAUUUGGGAAAAUACUUUCUAUUCACUCUAAUCCUGCGAAUGAUAACAUACAGUUCGAUUCAAAUGAUUGGUUGAAAUGCACAGACGUAGAGUCGUACUGGAUCCUUGCAAAAAUCUUCAUGCCGUAUGGAAAUAGGACAAGCCGAAAUCCUGAAGAAUCAGAUGUGUUAUCAUUUUUUGACCUAAUGAGGAAUUGUAGAUGCUUCAGCAAAGACUUCGACCUUGAAGCUCUCGACGAGUUAUGCACUGCGAGGUUUAUAAUCACGUCCAAGACAAGCCUUACGACGCUUGAAAUGGAUGAAAUGAUUACCUGGAUGAAAGUACUGCUGAAUACAUCUUGUUUGAAAUAACAACCUGAAGUGAUGCAUUUACUCCAAGAGUUGAAUAGCUUGGAUGGAACUUCUGUGACAAUUACAUCGCCUGAUAUAAAACGUUUGACGCAAGUUAUGGAAGAGUACUUUCCAGGUACAUCAUUCAGCAGUAUACAACUGACAGAAGGGGCAAACCAAUUAUUCGACUGGUUUUUGAACGAUGGUAUGCGAACCCUCGAAGAAGAAAUACAGAGCCGAAGCCUAAGAUUGAAUUAUGUGGAGGUGAGAAAAACAAUAUAUAAAGCAAUUGGAGGUGUGGCGGGAGCCAGUGUUGUUGGAGGUCCCGGUGUUGUAGCAGCAGGUGGUAUAGCAGCUUUAAUUGGAGCGCCUGUAGUUCUCCCUGCAGUUGCCGCAGGUGUUGUGGCGACAGGCUUAGGGUUUAUUGCAGGAAAAGCUGGAGGAGCAGUUAUUGCGAUGUUUGAUGAAAUUUUGUAGAUUAUAUACCAAACACUCAGAAAAAAAAACGGUAUCACAGAUUACAUUUCAAUUUAUUAUAGCCUAAUGUGUAACUUUUGUUUUUACAUUGAAUUUAAUAUACAAUUACCUAAGUUAUUGAAGUUUACCACAGAAGAUGCAGUGUUGAAUUUUUUAUUUAUUUCUCACAUUUUUCAUGCAAAACGUGUUUAGAUUGAUGAGAUAUCUAUUCAUACUUAUCCUUUGCGUUCUCAUUUGACUUACUUUUAUCUAAAUAUCAACUGACAUUGUUUA